CCGGAACGGAAAUAAUUGAGCGCGGUACAAAAUAAAAUAUGGCGGACUUAAAUUCCGCAUGCAAAACGAAAACGGAGAAAACCUCUGAGCAAGAGAUGGAUGUUGAUAAGGAAACAGAGAACGGUUCUGUCAGUAAGAAUAAAGAAGAACCUGAGAUGAAAGAAGGUGUGAGGAAUGAUGCUCAGGAAGCAGAAGAUCCUUUCAAGAAGCCUGCCAUUUUCGCUGCACCCUCUCUUGCGAGUAAGCGAGCAGGUGCCAUACCUGCUUGUGCUGCUAAGAAGGUCUCGCCUGAGUCAGGCAACUCAAAAGAGCACUGCAAAUCCGAGAAGGUGUUGGGCACAGACGAUCACCUUGUAGGUAAAACGGGACCAGAAAACGAAGAGGAGAGCCCUAAUGACAUUACAAACGUUAGUAGGACGUCGGACAGUACAAAUCAGUGUGACAAAGAAAAGAGUGACAGCGUCUCCUGCAAAAAAGUAAGUCCGAGGGUCUCCGUUAAACCAGCGCCAGUGGGAAAAUUUAAGCCCGGGCCGCCGUUACCAUACAGCGAACCCCCGUGGGGUGGUAUUAGUGAAAUCCGCUACUCAUUGGAGAUCCUGAAGAACGGCACUAUCGUGGACACGAUCCCGCUGACACAGAGGAGCUAUUUCGUGAUCGGGCGGUUACCGUUGUGCGAUGUGUCCCUGGAGCAUCCUUCGAUUUCGAGAUACCACACGGUGCUCCAGUACCGACAGUUCCCCGGAGAAGAGGGCGUUGUUGGGGAAGAGGCGGGUUUCUACGCGUUUGACCUGGGCAGCACGCACGGUACUUUCGUCAACAAGAACAAAAUCCCUCCGAAGACCUACAUCCGCCUACGGGUGGGGCACGUGCUGAAGUUCGGAGGAAGCACCAGACUUUUUAUUCUACAGGGUCCAGAGUUUGACGAGGAGGCGGAGUCUGAGCUGACUGUCACCGAGCUGAGGGAGAGAGCCAGGAAGCAGAGGGAGGAUCUGGAGAAGAGGAUGAUGGGAGAUGGCUCGGAUGAGGAGGAGGGGAAGGAGGAGGAAGGCAAAGAAGAGUCCGGCUCCAGUGGGAGGGGCUCAAGCCAGGAGGCUGGCUGCUCCUGGGGAAUGGAGGAGGAUGCCGUUCCUGAGGAGGACGAGAACGAGGAGAACCCCUUUGCCACGGAGUUCCAGGAGGACCAGGAGGCGGCCUACCUGAAGGACCCCAAGAAGGCUCUGCAGGGCUUCUUUGACAGAGAAGGAGAGGAGCUGGAGUACGAGUAUGACGACAAAGGCCACGGCACCUGGCUCUGCAGAGUGAAGUUACCGGUGGACGACGCGGCCGGCAAGCAGCUGGUUGCCGAGGUGACCCACACGGGGAAGAAGAAGGAGGCGGCCAUACAGUGCUCCCUGGAGGCGUGCCGAAUCCUGGAGGCGCGGGGCCUCCUGCGGCAGGAGGCGGUUUCCCGGAAGCGCAAGAAGAAGAACUGGGAGGACGAAGACUUCUACGACAGCGACGACGACACGUUUCUGGACCGGACCGGGGUCGUGGAGAAGAAGAGGAAGGAGCGCAUGAAGAGGGCGGGGAAGAUAGAGGAACGACCGGAGACAUACGACUCGCUGGUGGAGAAGCUGGCGGGGGUGGAGAAGGAGCUGGCUGAAGCAGAGAGGAAGCUCAGCACUUCAGGGAAAGGGGCGGCUCAGUCCUCCUCGGAGGACCCCCUGGACGCCUUCAUGAGUGAGGUGCGGAGCGAGGUGCGGGGCGCGGGCGCCAUGGACGGCGUGGAGCGCAGGAAGCUGCACCUGCACGCCAGCGAGCUGCGCAGGGAGACGCAGCGUCUGCGCAGGCUGGUGGAGCUGACCCGCCCUGCGCAGCUGCCUGCGCUGCAGACCGGGACCCAGUCCUUCGAGCCGGGCAAGCCCAGGAAACCCACCCUGCCACUUUUCGGCGCCAUGAAGGGCGGCAGCAAGUUCCGGCUGAAGACUGGCACCGUCGGGAAGAUUCCCCCAAAGAGGCUAGAGCUUCCUCCUGAGCUCUUCAUCCUGAAGGAGCUGCCCCCUGGUGGUGAGGAGGAGGAAGAGGAGGAAGAAGAGGAGGAGCAGGAGGAAAAGGGCGAAGACGUGUCCGUCAUCCAGGAGACGUCCAAUCGGCAGUCAGAGGAGGCAGAGCCAGUGAGACCAGCCGGAGAUAAUGCAGUGAAAGGCAGACAGAGAUUGCCCCGCCCCCACAGUAUGACAGAGAAAACAGAAGCAGAUGAGCUGAGUUCAUACAGAGAGGAGGGAGAGCCAACCCAACACACCAGAGACUCAUGCACACCUGCACAAGGCCAGGACGGUGGGGGCGAGGAAACACAGACCCAGACCUCCCCCAAGAAGAAAGAGAAGAGGAAGAUGCUGGGGCCCAGCAGGCCACCUGUACCCCUCUCCACCCAGUACCCCGAGGACGACCCCGACUACUGCGUCUGGGUUCCCCCUACAGGUCAGACGGGGGACGGCCGCACCCACCUCAACGAUAAGUACGGCUACUAGGAGGGAGCAGUGCCUCUUCGUCCACACGCCCUCGUCUUCAUCAACCGCACAACCUUCAGAGCUGCGAGGGGCCUGACCGCUACACUUUUCACCCAUCCGUCUCUCCGCUUUCCGGAAGAUUCUCUCUUCGCCGAUGCAUCUGGGUGUUGAAAUCAUGAAUGCUACAUUUUUCCAUCCUGUGCUGCCACCCGCUGCUCGGUCUAAAAAAAUGACUAAAAUGACUGGUACUGGCUGUGGAAAUAACAGGAAGUGAUGUCACCCACCAGCAUUUUUUAAAUCAAACCCGUCCACUGUGGAAUGCCGUGAACAGGGAUUGGCCAGCAUCCUGCGAGCAAGACUGUACUUUUGAGGCCAAAUCGGUCGUUUCUCAUAUUAGAGGUGUCAGAUUGUAAGAGCUCCUCCCUUCUGGUUUGGGUUCCUAAAUUACAUCACUCUAUAACGGGCCUGUUCCUUCUUCUAGAAGAAUCCUUUGCUGUAAAGAACUGCUCCUGCCUCGGUUUCAGAUUCUAACUGAACCCCUGAACCCCUGACGGCUCCAGACUCCAGAUCAAUAGAGGCCUCUGGGCUUGGCCUGGAUGGAAUUACUUUUUAAUCCGGACCGGACAGGAAAAGCUGCACUUAUUUCCCACAUCCACAUCUCUCCUCUCAGACAGGAUUAUAUUCAAUCCCUUCAGUUCCACCUCCCGAGCCCCCCAACCCCCCAACCCAAAAACCC